UAUUUGUGUCGUUAGUACAGUGACAAUCAUCAUACGCGUUACACGUUCUUAAUGCUUUAUUUAAACGAUAACCACGUGUGUAGUUAAAUACGAAACUUCGCUUAAACAGACGAUGGGUGGUUGGGUGAGUCAUCUUUGGUGGGGUGGUGAUCCAAACAGCGUGAACGAAAAAUCAGGGUUAACUAGGAGAGACAUACAUGCAGUACAGAAAUCUUGGGCAAUAGCAAGCGCUGAUCCUGUGGCUACUGGGACUGAACUGUUGAAAAGACUUUUCCGUGCGUAUCCAGAGACGAAGGAAUUCUUCAAAAUGAUACGUAACUUACCUGAAGAUCAAUACAGUCAGAAUCAUCAGUUUAAAGCGCACGUCAUCAACCUCAUGUCAUCGAUCAGCUUAGCAGUGGAUAACCUCAAUCAACCAGAAAUUGUCGCCGCCAUGAUGAACAAGCUAGGAGAAUCACACGGGAAACGAAAGAUACAAAAAAGACAUUUCCAUGAUCUAAAAGGGGUUAUAGUGAAAAUGUUCAUCGAAGUUUUGAAACUAGACGACAAGACCUUAGGUGCAUGGGGGAAGACUGUUGACUUCUGGUACAAACAUAUCUUCGAAACAUUAGGAGGAGAUGAAACAAGAUAACGUGCAUUCGAUCGGAUACGAUAAGACAAUAAUUAAGUAUCCUACUCAAAUACAACAUGUACAAAAGAAAUAUUACAUCUAAAGACAUUUGUGUAAUAAUAUAUUACUUAAGAAUUAAAAAAUAAAGACUAAAUGACAUGUGCUUUUUUCUCUUUGCUCUGCUAUUCUGUAACUACAAACUCGAAACUCAUCGCAGAUCACGAUCGUAAAAUAUACGCCAAACUUUAUAGCGUACAAGCAUCAAUAUAACGUAUCACAAUAAGUUGGUUUUAAAGUUGAGAUACAAAGUAAGUUAUUACAGAAUAGCCGAUUAAAAUUAUGUUGAAAUAUUGAUUUGUACUGAACGUAAAUGUAAGGAGGGAUAUACACCGGAUAAGUCAAUCAGUUUUGACACAUACAUUAAGUAUUCAACUACUUUAAUGAUAUUUUAUAAAGAGUUUUAUAUGUCCAAAGAUUAUAAUAA